AGUGCAGUAGAACGUGCAGGUGAGGGGAGGAGGAGGCGCGUGGACUGAGAAUGCGGGACUUGGAAAAGACGCAUUUAUCCCGGAACACUUCACUGAUGUCUACACUGGCUCCGCCGGAAUUAUUGUUGUUUGUUUGUUUUUCGUGAUCCUGAGCUCAAACGUACCGUAAAGCGUUUUAUAUUUUUCUGCUCUGAGAACUCCUUUGGAAAAGCACUGUUAUUCAACUUAACCGUGAGGGAAUCUAGCCGCUUGGCACUACUUGACUGCGGGAAAGCUCAAACAUAUUCCUUCCGCUGUGUUAAAAGGUAAGGGGACAACCUGCCGAAAACAUUAUAACAAUCCGUAGUAUAUAAUAUGCUUAAGGAAAUGAGGGAAUUUGCUAGAUAGCCCACUCCAGUGUCCCGAAGCUGAAGUCGCGGACAGUUCCCUUUUGUGUUCUGCUGCAUUGCAGUUUGAAAGACUGAAAACGGAAGACAAACUGGCACUCUGUCGAAUCCAGAUGAAGCCAAACAAGUAAAGAGAAGUGUAUUACAUGAUUUUAUUUACGUCUGUCCUCUAUAAUUACUGUACAUUUCAAAGGACUAAGAGUCAAGUGGAUAUAUUACAGGUAAAUGGAUGGACCUCUCUUCCCUAGAAGGAAUUUUAAUUUCAUUACAUCGCGAACGUGACUGGGAAACUAAAGAACCGUGAAACCCAACAAAGGAAGAACAGUCAGAAAGAUAACUCAGAGGUAUUUUGCUGCUUAUCCAUCACUUCAGUUAUUGUUGGUGGUGUGUAAGGUGACGGCAUCUAUUCCGGGCAAGUGGAAACUGCAGCGGGAGAGACGGUACGAGAGGGAAAGAGAGAGCCAUGAGGAGCAGGAGCCUUGGCGCAGUGCUCUCCGCGCGCUGCUGCUGCUACCUCGUGCUCCUCCUGCAGCUGCUGACUCAGCUACCGCGAGUCAACUCAGCGCUGCGAUACCGCGUGGCAGAAGAGGGGCCCCCUGAUGUGCGGAUUGGAAACGUUGCAGCAGAUCUGGGUUUAUCCUCAUCUGGUAUUGGUACUGGAGACGUGACCUUUGCACUGGAGUCAGGCUCAGAGUACUUCAAAAUUGACAAUGUGACAGGGGAGCUAACAACCACAGUUCGCCGGAUUGACCGUGAGCGCCUGCCACAGUGUCAGAUGAUUUUUGAUGAGAAUGAGUGCUUCUUGGAUUUUGAGGUGUCUGUUAUUGGCCCAUUGCAAAGCUGGGUGGACCUGUUUGAGGGUCGUGUAGUCAUCACUGACAUCAAUGACAACACCCCCUCGUUUCCCUCCCCUGUCCUUACCCUGUCGGUGGAGGAGAACCGGCCGAUUGGCACUCUCUAUCUCCUGCCCACUGCCACAGACCGCGACUUUGGACGCAACGGCAUUGACCGUUAUGAGCUCAUCCAAGAUGGUGCGGGACCCUCAGCUCCAUCCACCUCCUCUUCACUCCGCCGCCCUGGAGGGGGGCCUAUAGGACGAGCAGAUGGCGGGGACCGCAGACGAGGCCCCGACGCCGCCAUGAUGGCGGCGGGAGCUGCCCCAGGCGGAGGAAGUGGCGGGCGAAGCAGCGUGUUUGAGUUGCAGGUAGCUGACACACCUGAUGGUGAGAAGCAGCCUCAGCUCAUUGUCAAAGGCCCUCUGGACCGCGAGGCGCGCGACUCCUACGAGCUCGUGCUGCGUGUGCGGGACGGCGGCAACCCACCGCGCUCCUCGCAGGCUCUCCUCCGCGUGGCCAUCACUGACGUGAACGACAACAGCCCCCGCUUUGACAGGCCCGUGUAUGAGGCCGAGAUGGCCGAAAACACCCCGCCCGGCACACCUGUGCUACAGGUGCGUGCCACAGACCGGGACGUGGGCGUCAACGGCCAGGUGGAGUAUGUGUUUGGUGCGGCCACUGAGUCUGUAAGGCGCCUGCUGCGCCUGGACGAAGCCACCGGCUGGCUCAGUGUCCUCCACCGGAUCGACCGCGAGGAAGUGGUUCAGCUGCGGUUUACAGUCACAGCCCGCGACCGCGGUCAGCCGCCUCGCACCGAUCGCACCACCGUGGUGCUCAACGUCCGUGACGAGAAUGACAACGUGCCCGUAGUGGAGAUCCGCAAGAUUGGACGCAUCCCGGUGCGGGACGGGUCUGCCCUGGUCCCUGAAAACGUCCUGGUGGACACACCGGUGGCCUUGGUGCAGGUGUCUGACCGGGACCAAGGGGAGAAUGGAGCAGUGACAUGCACCGUGGUGGGAGACGUGCCUUUCACCCUCAAGCCAGCGGGGGAGACCGCACUGGCCCCGUUACCCGCCGCAGAUGAGGCCUUUGACAGGAACCGUAAGAAGUACUUCCUGCACACAUCAGCCCUACUUGACUAUGAAACAACACGUGAGUACAGCGUGACCAUUGUUGCCGUGGAUUCGGGGAGUCCCAGCCUCUCCAGUAACAGCUCACUGAUGGUGCGAGUGGUGGAUGUGAACGACCAUGCGCCGACCUUCGCUCAGAACCUGAUUGAGGUCCACUUUGCAGAGAACAAUGCCCCAGGUGAGAGGGUGGUCACUGUAGUAGCAGCUGACGCAGACAGCGGCAAAAACGCUGAGAUUGCAUACUCCCUGGACCCCUCUGUUAACGGGGCAUUCUACAUUGAUACCGAUAAUGGGGACAUACGCGCCACGGGGUCACUCGACCGCGAGGUGAGAGAGCGCUAUGAGUUCCGGGUGAUCGCCCGGGACAAGGGCGCCCCAUCUCUGCAGGGCUCAGCCACUGUGGUCGUGCAGGUGACCGACAGAAAUGACAAUGCGCCCAAGUUUGUCCAGGAGGUCUUCACCUUUUACGUCAAGGAGAACCUGCUGGCCAACAGCCCCGUUGGCAUGGUUACGGUCACAGACGCGGACGAGGGUGAGAACGCAGAGCUGAGCCUGUUUGUGGAGGACGACGAGGCUGAGGCCGAGGAUGGCGAGGCCAGUGGGAGAAGGGACGAGGUCUUCUCCAUCGAGAACAACACCGGCACCAUCUUCUCAUCUGCCUCCUUUGACCGCGAGCGCCGCAACGCUUACACGUUUCGCGUGCGCGCAGUCGAUGGCGGUGACCCCCCUCUCUCAGCCACCGCGACUGUCUCCCUCUUUGUGACGGAUGAAAAUGACAACCCCCCCUCCGUCACCGCCCCGUCCAACGAGUCCUACGCCCUCCUGUCCCCUGCCAGCAGCGCCAGGACUGUGGUGCGCACGGUGGACGCUUCCGACAGGGACAUGGGCUCCAACGCUGACCUCCGCUUCACCCUGGUCGGGGGCAACCCAUUCCGCUUGUUCGAGAUUGGCCCCACCAGCGGGGUGAUCACCCUGACGGAGCCCCUGGAGAGACGGCACCGAGGCCUGCACCGGCUGGUCGUGCGGGUUAACGACAGCGGUGUGCCCUCUCUCUGCGCCACUGCCCUGGUGCAUGUCUUCAUCAACGAGAGCCUGGCAAAUGCCACUCUGGUGGACGCUCAGGUGGCACGUAGCCUGGCAGCACCCUUGUCUCUGGACAUUGCAGGAGACCCGGACAGCGAGCGAGCCCUGGGUAAGCAGCGCUUGAGUGUGGCCAUUGGCGUACUGGCAGGGGCGGCCGCCGUCAUCCUGGUCAUCCUGCUGGUGGUGACGGCGCGCCAGUGCGGGGCCCAGGGUAAGAACGGCUACGAGGCUGGCAAGCCCGAGGAGGACCUGUUCAGCCCGCCGGCCUCGGCCCAGUCGCAGGCCGACAAGCGUGGCGGCUGUGGCACCGCGGAGCGCGGACGCAAGCCCCGGCGGGACAAGCGCUCCACGGGCACCUCCGCCAAGUCCGAGCGCUCGCUCUACAGCGGCAUCGUGACGGUCAACGGCUGCGGUGGCGGCGGAGCUCGGCAUGACGAUGAUGACGACGAGGAGGACAGCGCCAGCGCCAGUGAGCGCAUCGCCGCACGCUACUGUGCUGCCGCCGGAGACCCCAGCAGCCCACGCCUGGGCACAGCGCGCCGACACCACCACCAGUCCAGCCCGGACCUGGCACGCCACUACAAGUCCAGCUCCCCGCUGCCCGCCGUCCACCUGCAGCCACACUCGCCGCCCAUCGAGGGCAAGAAGCACCAGGCCGUCCAGGACCUGCCACCCACCAACACCUUCACAGGUAGCAACGGGGCCAGUACAGGCAGUGCCAACGCUGACGCCAUGUCGCUGGGUUCAGACCAAUGCUCUGACUAUGGCUGCCAGACAGCAAGCAAGUACGGCAAACAGCAGACGCUGCGGCGCGUUACCUUCUCGGUGGUGAGCCAGCCCCAGGACCCGGGCUGCUACGACAGCGGCCUAGAGGACUCAGAGACGCCCAGCAGCAAGAGCUCGUCGGGGCCACGGCUGGGGGCACUGCCUCUGCCAGAGGAUGGCUACGAGAGGACCACUCCAGAGGGCAGCGUGGGCGAAGAGGAGCAUGUGGAGAAUGACCCAAGGCAGCUGCCCGACGUGGCCUUGACAGGGAAGUGCACACGGGAGUGUGACGAGUUCGGCCACUCCGACACCUGCUGGAUGCCCGUGCAGGUUUCGCCCCGGAGGCAUCCCGGCAACGAGCCGUCACGCCUGUCCACCUUUGCCUCACCCGGUGGCUGCAUGGGGGUCGGAGGUGACCGCAACAACAACAACGAGGACGACGAGGGCAGUGAGCCAGACGCGGACGACGAAGACGGAGAGGGUUCGGAGCGCGGCGGCUCGGGCGGACGGAGACCCGGCCUGCGCAGGCACGUCCGGGACACUCUGGCCAACGGAGACCCGCUGGGAGACCGCAACAGCAACGUCGGCGACCACAACCGCAACCUGCUCAACCGCAAAAUGACCUCGGCCUCCUACGACACGUUCAGCAGUGCCGGGUUCGGACGCAGCCGCCUGGAGGAGGAGGAACAGCGCACCCCGGAAGUCAUCCCGCUCACGCGGACCGGCGGCGACUACAAGACCACCUCCUGUCUCACACUCUCACGCAGAGAGGUGUACCUGUGAGCGCCCGGGAGAAGCAGAGAGGCAGACAGAAAGAUGAGAGAGAGAGAGAGAGAGAGAGAGAGAGAGAGAGAGAGAGAGAGAGAGAGAGUGUGAGUGGGAGAGAGACAAAGAAAGAGAAAAGAAAGGUCCACUAACAUUGAUUUCCCUCAAAUUUGCAGGACCCUAAAAAAAUCAAAAUGGGUUAAACAUCUGUUAAAACAGGUGUAGCCCUGAAGCCAAAUAAAUCAGUGAAAUAGUCCAAUUGAACUGUCAUUUGAAUUAAAAUAAACUGAGAAUCCUUGUCUGAAACCCCCAACUGUGCAUCAUAAGGAUGAUGUGCUGCUUGGCCCAUCCCUGAGCAAAUGUGCUAAUCCCCCGCUCAUCCGGCCCUCUAGGGGCAGUUCUUGGAAUUGCAGCGGCGAAGAAAAGUUGGCGGUCUGUCAAGCACAUCCAUGUGUUCCAAAGACCAACAUUUUGAGCCAGUUUUUUCAGACCAGCAUGGACCUAUUCUCAAUGAGAUUGCACAGGAAAAAUCUGUUUAGGCUUAUCAGUCAAUGAAAAAAGGAGUCACUAAGACUGAAUUAUAUAUCACCUGUAGGUACUGUUAUCAACAAACACUGUUAUCAGAACAGGACAUUGUAAAAUGCCACUUGUAACAUCUAAUCUGUCUCUUAUAUGGGGUGAUUCCCCUCUGAACAGACAGUUUAGCCUUUCAGUUAAGAAACAGUUUCCAGGAAAUGGUGACAGUUGUCCCAUGUUUUCUUUUCUUUAAUCUCAAUGCAGUGAUGCGUAUUCACGCUUGUAUAGGUUCUUUCAUGUGUCUUAUUCUUCUUACUCUGACAUGUUCCUCUACACUCUCCACACAUAGACACACACUCACACAGACACACACACACACACACACACAGACAUUUCUUAUAUGUGAACAGAUGCAUGUUAAUGCUCAUCUCCUCAUCGUGCAUACAUUUACAAACGGACACACAACUCUGUGUGUCAUGUGUAUGUUUGUGUGCUCAAGCCAAUGCUGUCCAACAUUGCUUUUAAGAUCACUACUGUAGCUGUAGCAUUUUUGCCUGCUUUAACUCAACCAGUUUAUAUAUAAAAAUAUGUAAAACAUUUAAACAUAUUUGAAUACCUAAUCAUUCUAACAAUACUACUGGGAAGGCAUUCUGAUGACUUUGUAGGUACAUCUAUACUAUAAUGUAUACAAGGAACCAACCGCAUUCCUUUCUAGUAGAGACCAUAGAUAAACCAAAUCUGUACAAUAGACACUGCAUGAUAAUAAGCAAAUGCUUAUUUGGUUAACGG